CACAAAUAUAUCCUAGCCACAGUUUGUUGUCACCGUGAAGAUUAUACCGAAUACUAUAAGUACGCGGUUUUGCAGUUGACCAAUCCAGAGCAAUGCGCAGUGACCUCAAAUUACAUCCCGUUGUACAAUACCUAACAUGGAUAGAUUUGGAUGGGCUGUGGAGCAACAACGUCAUAUAUUGGAGGAGACAGGUCGAUCAGCCCGCGAUGAGCUCAGACACGAGAUUGGGUCCUUGAGGCAACAGCUCAUGCACGCCGGUAUCCGCGAAGAGUUCCUCUCAAAAUCUGUGGACAGGCAUCGUGUUACCGAGAUUGAUCUCAUGCGGCAGCUUGUUGACGCUGAAUCGCAAUUAUUGCAAGCCCGUGCCAACACAGCGGCGCUGGAAGACGAAUGGAUGCUUGAGCAGCAAAGGCUAUUUCAGCAGCUCCAAACCCCUGAGAAAGUUAGAAAUAGAGAGGACGAACCGUAUCGUGAGGAUCAAGAUGAGUGGAUGAUAGAACAACAACGACGGUACCACCUGCUACAAAGCAGAAAGGAAUCUGCAUUGGUUGAUUCGCCCGGAGCUGAUGAAUCCGUGUACUCACCGUGUGUUCUGCAAGACCCUCCACCAUCAUACCAUGAGCAUUUCGACAAUACUCGCCUUGAUUACGAUCAGGUCGAGCCCACCGCCCACCACGAGCGGAUAAGACAACCUUCACGGCAGAUUGCACAAGUUCAUUUCGCGGAUCCCCUGGAAAUUCUGCUCAAUCCGUCACCGCCAUCAAUGCCGAAGGUGAAGAAGAAACAAGAAGCAAAACGGCAGAUUAUAGGCCUCUGUAGAAGGCGUAUCAAUAGAACAGCAGUUGGUUUCCUGGCAUUGACAUUGACUUGAUUAUACGAUAAAAGUUCAUUUAGUUCUUGUUGUUGAUCCGAACGACUGAUACGGAAGGUCUUGAUUAGAACAAUUCAGGCAAGCACCAGCAACUCGACCUUGUUCUUUUGUUGGCCCCAAAAGACAACGGACAUGCAAUUAUUGGUAUCGAAGGUAGAAUAAAUCAUUGACGUGAGCUGUUUCUAGCAUUCUUUGAAUUUGACUUGGUAUCUCCG